AAAUUACACGUGUUAAACGAUUUAAUCAUCAAUUUUAUUUGGACGGAAUUAUCUCCUGUCUCAAUUCUCGUUUCCAAAUCUCUCAAAUUCUCGCGCUAUUUUCAAUUCUUUUUUAUUUUUCUGGUUCAUCUUUCUCCAUUGUUGGACAUUAUAAAGAGGGCCGACCCUCCAUUAAUUGUGCCAUUACCAAACGAUCAAAGCUUUCAAAUCUUCACAACUCUCUGAGAAAAAAGCCUUUUUAUUUUUAUUUUUUAAAAAAUUUCUUACAAUGGCGUUGAAGAAAACCUUAGCGGAGAAGCUUUUCAAUAUUUCGAAAGUUUCUUCGCAAGCUCUUGCUAACUGCCGGAUUUCCUCAUCAACGGUUCAAAAUCGAAUCCCGAAAAAAGCGGGGAAAGCUACAGUUUCCAUGGCGCCGGAUCGAGGAGAUGGUAACGGUAACGGUAAUGGCAUGUUCAGGCGGUUUCUUCAUAAAGGAGCUAUGGUUUCACCAGCAAUGAGGAAGUUACCGAUGGUGGAGAAUUUAAUGGAGAGGUUAAGGGAAUUUGAUAUUUCCAAGGAUCGGAUCCGGUUGGACGGGUUGAGCCCGCACUUGGUGGCGAAGUCGGCGGUGCCGGAACUGUCGGUUCAAGAAGCGAAGAAGUUGUUAAGGGUGGCGCAGUUGGAAGUGAUGAAAACGAGGCUGAGGGAGACCGGUAAAAUCUGGAUUUUGUUUUCGGACUUUAUUCGGAUCUGCGGAGAGAGUUGUUCGGAUCCGGAACAAGGAUUGCAGUUCGCGAAAUUGCUAGACGAAACUGGAACCGUCAUCGUUAUCGGAAACGUCGUCGUUUUGCAACCCGAACAGAUAGCAAAAGCUCUUGGAGGACUGAUUCCUUUACCGAGACCCAAUCCGAACGACCCAAGAAGAAAAGAACUGGAAGAGUUGGAGAAGCAGAAAGCCAUAAUUGAUCAAAAAGCUGAUUCCUUGGUUCGUCGAGAACUCUGGCUUGGCCUAGGGUACUUGGUGGUUCAAACAGCUGGGUUCAUGAGGCUAACAUUUUGGGAACUCUCAUGGGAUGUCAUGGAACCCAUUUGUUUCUAUGUCACUUCCAUGUAUUUCAUGGCUGGCUAUGGAUUUUUCCUCAGGACAUCCAAAGAACCUUCUUUCGAAGGUUUUUACCUGAGCAGGUUUAGCACAAAGCAAAAUCAGCUCAUCAAGGCUCACAAUUUUGACAUGGAGAGGUAUACUGAGCUGAAGGCAAUUUUUUAUCCACAUUCAUCAUCAGAACAGGUCUCGUCGUCGGCCAAUCAUUGUGAAAAUAUGCAGAUUGGUGCUUCAAAUCAAUAGAAAAAAAAAAAAAAAAACACAAUUUUGUAUCAAAAUA